GCUUUUUUAAUUAUCUUUAUUAUGUUUCUUAUAUUUGCAUUAAUGUAAACUGUUAUAGUUUCUUUACCUUGUUAAUAGUUAUGUGAAUUGCUUAAGUGAGCUUGCACCAUGUCUCCCCUUGCAACAUUGCUUAGUAUUGUACUACGGAUUGCAAAAUGGUUAUUACUAAUUUUAUUUUUACUUUUUUUUGUUUGAUUUAAAUGCCUAUAGAAUAAUGUUCCUUAUAUUUGCGGUGAUGUAAAUUGCCUUGGUUUCUUAAUCUUGCUCAUAUGUUAUGUAAAAUGCCCAGAGAAUAUGUUUCUUAUAUUGGCGGUGAUGUAAACUGCCUUGGUGUCUUAAUCUUGCUCAUAUGUUAUGUUAAAAGACUGCUUAAAUGAUCGUACACCAUAGAUAGCCUCGCAACAUUGCUUAAUAUUGAAAUACUGAAUGUAAAGUGGUUAUUAAUAGUGCUAAUUUUAUUUAUUCGCCUCUAAUUUAAAUUCCUAUAAACUAUUGAAAUCAUUUAAUAACAUAUAAAGCAACACACAUAGAUUGAUAAUUGAAAGCUUAGAAAUUAUAUAUUGUGCAAUUAAAAAAAAGUAACAAUAUGUCAUAAUAGAGAGAGAGAGAGAGAGAGAGAGAGAGGCAGGGGAGGGGAAGGAGGGGGGCUACAACUUGUUCCUUCCUCCACUCUUUCGAGUUGCUGCGAGGAGCUUUUGUGUAAUGACAGAAGAUGUUGGAGGAACUCGAAUUGUAGCAGACGAUGGAGACACUCUUGGGGUGGAAGAUGAUGGAUGCACUCUUGGGGCGGUGCUUGGUGAAGGCUGGUUGAGGACGUGCUCGAUGGUACCUUUAGUUGCCAAUACAUCGGGGUGGCUUGGAGUACUAGGUGGCUCUCUUGAAGUACCGGAUGGAGUGACAGAUCCCAAAGGCAAUGUAGACACAACUCUGUCAUCAUCAACAUUGAGAUGUGCAUCCAACGAUUCGAGAGCCUCUAUGUCAUCCUUGAGACGUUAUUUUGUAUUUCGGCAUUGGUAUGGAGGAGGAAAUUGGGUAUGCUGAUUUUUUUGGGUCUGAUAAUGCGACUGUGGUGUUGGAAGAUGAUGAAGAAGUCGAAGAGCCUACUUCCACUCCAUUGUGGAAGUAUGUGGCAGUCAUAGGUAUGAAGUCCUGCACAGUGAGCAUUGCAGUUUUACAGAGUUUGAGGGAGUUUGUGAGCUUGGUUUCUCCUGUAAACAUCAUCCCAAGUGUAAAUAAUAGUGACCCUCAAGCUGCUGAUGUCAUGGUUUCUCUCCUUUUGAGAUCUAAUCAAUUGUGGGUAACAUUUUUCAUUUACGAGAAAAUGUACGUGUCCCCUUGGGAAAAAGGAACUGAUCUCCACCACCAGAAACUGAAGGUACAGAUGGUGACGAUUCACUGCAAAUCCUUUUGGAAAAAAGUAUCUAAUACCCAACUGGAUUUGAACGUACCAGUGUUGUACAGUCAACAAUGUUUACAUGAACAGGAAUAUGAGCGCCAUGUGUUUUAAAUGUGCUUAAAGUGUACACUACUU